CGGAGUUCGUAUGAACUGCAGUUCGUACAAAGAACGACGUUCCUGAUGAAUUUCCCAUCCUAGUUAGCACCGAAGCUAAUCCGAACAAACCACCCAGACCCCCACUUGUACUGUCUUUCAUCCCAUAUCCACCGCACACCGUGCCUCAUGCCUCCCACUUGUAUCCCUUCACUCGCUCGUUUAUCCACUUUACGUUCUUUUGCUUGUCGCCCAGGUAUAUCACGUCUGGCUGCACUCCCAGUCCCAUUGACGCAUAUUCACACCUCUGCACGCCUCAACAUGUCCGAGUUUUCGGCAUACACUGCGAAUGGCACGAAACCGACCGCUCCGGCGACCAUCAAUGGCAAUGCUUGGGGUUCAGAAACCAACCCUGCCGCAUUUGACUUCCGUUCCGAUGUCACCACAACACCAACAGCGUCCAUGCUUGCUGCGAUACAGCAAUGUACACUCCUUGACGAUGUAUUCAUGGAAGACCCGACUACGCAAUCCCUCGAACGCUUCAUCGCCGAUCUUACAGGAAAGGAAGACGCGCUGCUAGUGCUGUCGGGAACAAUGGGAAAUCAGGUUGCGCUGCGGGCACACCUCACAGCUCCUCCGCAGGCUAUAGUGUGCGAUAGGAGAUGUCAUAUAAUGAACUACGAGGCAGGCGGCGUUGCGACACUGAGUCAAGCGCUCGUGCAACCCAUCGACGCGAAGAAUGGAAGGUAUAUGACUCUGGAGGAAAUCAAGGAGCAUGCCGUCAUUUCCGAUGACGUGCACGCAUGUCCGACAAAGGUCAUUGAGCUGGAAAACACAUUAAACGGGACCAUUAUGCCUCUUUCAGAAGUCCGAAGAAUAGCUGCAUGGGCACGCUCCCACGGGAUCAUAUUGCACAUGGAUGGCGCACGGUUAUGGGAAGCCGUCGCUGCGGGUGCAGGCACGUUGAAGGAAUUCUGCGCCGAGAUGGACAGCGUUAGCUUGUGCUUCAGUAAGGGUCUCGGUGCGCCCAUUGGGAGCAUUGUUGUCGGCUCAAGCGCGUUCAUCAAGCGUUGCCGCUGGAUAAGAAAGUCGAUUGGUGGUGGGCUUCGGCAGGCUGGUGUCGUGGCAGCUCCGGCUCGUGUCGCUGUCGAGGAAACUUUCCUGGGCGGCAAGUUGGCACAGUCGCAUGCUAAUGCGAAGGCGAUUGCGAAGAUGUGGACGGAUUUGGGAGGCAAGAUGGCGUAUCCUGUUGAUACGAAUAUGGUGUGGCUUGAUAUCGAGGCACACGGUAUCGACCUCGACCAGUUUAUUGAGAUUGGUGAGAAAUAUGGCGUGAGAACAAGAGGCGGAAGGUUGGUAGUGCACUAUCAGAUUGGGGAGGAGGCGAUGAGGAGACUUGACAAGCUAUUUAGGGAGGUUCUGACUGGUGAAAGAAGCGCUGGACGAAAGGGAGAGGUGGAUUUUGACCCGGAGGAGUUGAAGCUGAAGGGAAAGGGCGUCGAAUAAGCUUCAACGACGGCAUCAACUGAUAAUGCAACACGGCAAAAAUUUAAAAGAACUGCAAUGAGUAUACUUCAGGCCAUACCAGUGUAUCUACAUCGGGUACGGUGAAAGGCAGCAACUUGAACCAAAACAGAUUUCAACAGACAAACAA